AUGUAUGGCUCGCCGAUGUGUGGGGCGGUGGAAGAGGGAGAGACUGAAGGGCAGGAGAUGGAGAUAGGGUCCCAGGGGGUCAGGGCUGUCGAUAGGAUCGGAGUGGUUUCGGGGUUUCUUCACACAUCUAAGAGUCUAGACCUUGUAAACUCCUUUAUACCUUCUCUCCAGAAGAGUCUUGUCUUUGUACACUGCAACUAUGGAGGUGAGAAAGAAGAACGACGACUGCAACACCCGCCGACGUACUCUUCCAUCUUCACAUCGCACCAACACUUUGAAUCCGACCGCACCGACGCCUUGACGCCCCAUCGCGGCAUUGACGCCUCAUCGUAUCCCAACAUCAUCACUUCUGCGAGCGGAGAGCGCCUGCAGCGAGCCUUGGACAUCGUGGAAUCACUCACUUUCCGUGUCCGACAGGACCGCCGAGUGGCACUCUCCAUCGGCGGCGUGCUCUCCACCAGCCACGUAGCCGAAUUCGGCUUUGUGCAGCCCCACGACGAUUUCCAAGAUGCCCAAAGCCAAGAGCAACCCCUUUUCGUCAGCGACAAGGAGGGGGACGAUGACGAAUACAAAGACCAAGGCGCUGACGACGGUGAUGGCGACGUGUAUAUGGGCGAUGAUGACGACGAAGAAGGUGACCGGAUAUCACCUGGCACGGCGAAAUGGCUCAACGGUCUCGCGCCCUACAUCCUCAAGUUCCAUGGCCGCCCCAAACCCAGCUUCCCGAUGCCAUGCCCCCACCUCACCAUAACCCCAAAAGAGCAUCAAUACAGGGCGCUGGGUAUGGUGGAGAAGAGCCAUGAGGGUCCGCACAAGGCCUUACUCGUCGCAGAUCCGCCAGGCCUGGGCAAAACCCUGAUUAGCAUGAUGGCUGCAGUGAAGGCUGCCCCUACAGUCCAUCGUUUCUCGAUUGUGGUGGUGUCGUCCAGUUGUGUGAACCAGCGGCUAGGAGAGUUCAACAAGUUCUUCGUACCGGGAGCAAUUCGCCUCUUGGUGGUGCGAGAUCCCACAAUCCCGCCUACGACAUUGCUCAACUACGGCGUCAUCAUCACCUCGUACGCCUUUGUAAUGUCGCAGUGUCGUAAAACCUUAAAGUUCGUCCACAGUGUGGACGACGUAAAGAAAAAGUGUGGUUUGAUCCCCGAGCGGCCCGAUGUCUCCAUCUUCUCGGAAAUCUUCUACUGGCACGACGGCGUCAAGAGCCCAUAUCUAAUCCUGGACGAUGUGAACGCCGUGAAGAAUGCCCGCUCGCUCCCGUUUGAGGCCGUAUUCGAAUUGCGAUGCCUCAUGCUGCCCGGCAGCCCGAUUGAUAAUACGUGCCGAAUACGCUGCGCAUUGCACCACGAAGUAUACCCCGCUACACCAUACAGCGUCGGAAUCCUCGUUCGACGGAAGCUACUCGCAGUUGACUGUCCUGCAGUCUCCUUCCAGCCGGACGUGUUCGCCUUUCUUCAGUUCCUCCAAGGCCACCCAAUCCGGUCGAAGAAGAAGAUGCUGCACCUGCUUAGCACUCCAAACCGGAACACCAAGGGCGGUCCAAGCCACCAACAGGGCAACGGUUUCUGCGCUUUAUCCAGAUCUUGAAUGCUUUGAUCGUGAGAUGGCCCGAGUCCACCAUCGACAUACCGCCCCUCAAGACACACACGUUCAACUUCAGUCUUGACUUCCACGAGGUAGCGGCCUCGAAUGAAGCCUUCGAGAAAUAUAACACGGCGAUGCGCAUCGCUGCCUCGGAUGGCAUCCGUGGCCGUGACAACCACCAGACGAAGCAGGUCCCUCCGUUCAAAAGCCUU